AGCAAACAAAAUGUUUGGUUAAAAUCAAAUCCAAAUGUAAAGUCAUACACUCUCACUCAUUCAUGCCCCUUCACAAAUCUUAACUACCCUAACUUACUUUACCCAUUAUUACUUGCUAAAACACACAACAAAACAUAUCUUCUCCUGUUUUCAUCAUAUAGAAGAGAAUUUGUUACCUUCCUCUCGUUGUUCAUCACCAUCGGCAACAGGAAGAAAAGACUAAACCAAGAAUGAAGCUUCUGAGAAUGAGAAGCUUGAAACAUUUAUUUUCUUCCUCGAAACUAGCAGUAGAAGAUAAUCCUACUAGUAGUAGUCAUCAUUCUUCUGUUCAUGAAAAUGAAAUGAAGAAUGAAACCAAGUCUAUAUUUCAAAAACCCACUUGGAAAUGUUUCUCUUUCGAUGAAAUCUAUGAUGCAACUAAUGGUUUCACUAAAGAGAACUUGGUCGGGAGAGGUGGGUAUGCUGAAGUGUACAGAGGAGUUAUGAAAAAUGGGGAAGUGAUUGCUAUUAAGAGAUUAACAAAGGCUUCAACUGAUGAAAGAAAAGAGAAAGAAUUUCUACAAGAGAUUGGUACAAUUGGUCAUGUUCAUCACCCAAAUGUAUCUUCGUUGCUGGGUUGUUGUCUUGAUAAUGGACUUUAUCUUAUCUUUGCAUUCUCAUUACAUGGUUCUGUUGCUUCCGCUUUUCAUGACGAGAAUUCGCCAUUAAUGAGUUGGAAAACAAGGUAUAAAAUCGCAAUUGGAACGGCACGAGGUCUACAUUAUUUGCAUAAAGGGUGUCAAAGAAGAAUAAUCCAUAGAGAUAUCAAAUCCUCUAAUGUUCUACUCACUGCUGAUUAUGAGCCUCAGAUUUCAGAUUUUGGGUUGGCGAAAUGGCUUCCAUCUCAAUGGACUCAUCACUCUGUAGUACCAAUUGAAGGAACAUUUGGAUGCUUAGCACCAGAGUAUUUCAUGCAUGGUAUUGUUGAUGAAAAGACUGAUGUUUUUGCAUUCGGAGUUUUCUUAUUAGAGAUUAUAUCCGGGCGAAAGCCGGUUGAUGGGUCUCACCAAAGCUUACUUAGCUGGGCCAAACCAAGAUUGUUGAGUGAAGGUGAACUAGGAAAACUAAUAGAUCCAAGACUUGAAGGGGACUAUGAUAUCACACAGUUGAAGAGAGUUGCUUUCGCGGCAUCACUGUGCGUCCGGACAUCGGCUCUAUGGCGUCCUACCAUGAGUGAGGUAUUGGAAGUAAUGGUGGAUGGAGAAAUGACCAAGGAGAGUUGGAACUUGCCAGAGGAAGUGGAGGAGGAAGAGUUUUGGGGUUUUGAUGAUCUAGAAUGUGAAUUUGACAGUCCAGACUCAACCUCGCCUCUUAAUUCGAUCUCUUCGAGGAGUUCUUAAAUCCGGCCGGUGCCUACGUCGUUCUAUAGUACUUAUUUUUGAUCUGUGGUGGUGGUACAUUGCUCUCAGUCGACGUGGUUACGUAUUAAUAAUAAUAAUGGCGCUUAUUGUGUCAAACCAUGUACAUAGCAGUAUACUUACAUAAGCAAGUGUUAUAUCUGUAUACAGUCGAUUACAUAAAAGAAGUUGGAAGUGUUGUGAUACCAAAUGGCUCGUAUCUUCGUACCAAGAAAAUAGAAGUGAUCUUAUUUGGUCCCCCUUUUA